AUAAAAAAUAAGUCGACAGAAACCAGCGGUCAGUGGGCUUACUCAAUCCUCGUCCGCCUCCAAAACCCUCUUCAGUUCACUCGAACUUUUCACAACAUCGGCAUAAAUGGCGAGGCUAACAUGCAGCAACUUGAUUCCGGCACUAACUUUCCUACCAUUGAAAUCUUCUCUUUGUAGAGGCAGUCUUUUCUUCUCUGAAAGCUCGCAACUGAUUGGUGUUCUCGGGUUUGGGAGGCGCUUCUCCUCGUCUUCCUCUGGCAGGAUUAGCAUGAGCCUCAAAGCCGGCAUCGUUGGCCUUCCUAACGUUGGAAAAUCCACUCUCUUCAAUGCCGUGGUUGAGAAUGGGAAGGCCCAAGCUGCUAAUUUUCCAUUUUGUACAAUAGAGCCUAAUGUAGGGACUGUUGCUGUCCCUGAUCCUCGGCUGCAUGUACUCUCUGAUCUCAGCAAAUCUCAGAGAGUGGUCCCAGCGUCUAUUGAAUUUGUAGAUAUUGCCGGGCUUGUGAAAGGUGCCAGUCGAGGGGAGGGAUUGGGUAAUAAAUUCUUGUCACAUAUUCGUGAGGUUGACUCCAUUCUUCAGGUUGUAAGAUGUUUUGAAGAUAAUGACAUUGUUCAUGUGAGUGGAAAGGUCGAUCCUAAAUCUGACAUUGAUGUAAUCAAUCUAGAACUCGUUUUCUCGGACUUGGACCAGAUUGAGAAAAGAAUGGAGAAGCUCAAAAAGGGGAAGGCAAGGGACUCGCAAUCAAAGCUUAAGGAGGAAGCUGAAAAAUCUGCCUUGGAAAGAAUUCAGCAAGCACUUUUGGAUGGAAAUCCAGCUCGAUCGGUCACCUUGACAGAUUUUGAAAAGGAUGCCGUAGAACAUCUUUGCUUGCUUACUAUGAAACCAGUCAUAUAUGUAGCCAAUGUUGCAGAGUCUGAUCUAGCUGAACCUAGAAGUAAUGUUCAUGUCAUCGAAGUGAUGAAACUUGCAACUGACUUCAAAUCUGGACUAGUACCAAUCUCGGCUCAGGUUGAAUCAGAACUUACAGAGUUGCCAUCUGAAGAAAGGGGAGAAUAUUUGCAUUCUCUUGGUGUCAAUGAAAGUGGGCUUGGAAACCUUAUUAGAGAAACAUAUAACCUUUUGGGGUUGCGAACGUACUUCACUUCUGGGGAGAAGGAAACAAAAGCGUGGACGAUACUUUCAGGAAUGACUGCACCACAAGCCGCUGGAGUAAUUCACUCCGACUUUGAGAAAGGUUUCAUUCGAGCUGAGACAGUGUCUUAUGAUGAUUUUGUUGCUGCUGGUUCACUUGCAGGAGCAAGAGAAAAAGGACUUUUGAGAUCUGAGGGUAAAGAUUACAUUGUACAAGAAGGAGACGUAAUGCUGUUCCGUUUCAACGUUUAAUAGCAGCUCAUGGAAGACAAGCUUGGGUUGCUUUCUUUUCGCGAUUAAAAUGGUGAAAACCCGCUCACUCUUGCCUCGACAUUGUCUCCAAUUAUUGCAAGUGGGGAGCACAGGUUGUUGUAUCACUUUUGCCUUCAAUAGUUGAGAAAAUUAAAGUUUAGCAUGAAUAGUUGAAUGAUUUCACAUAGAAAACUCAUACGAUUCAUUAGCUCGUGUCAUGUCCUUGUGCACGGGUGUUUUUUUUUUAUAAAAUCUCUUUUAAUAUCU